AUGUCUACCGCCGAGCUCGCUGUCUCUUACGCGGCCCUCAUCCUCGCCGAUGAUGGCGUCGAGGUCACCGCCGACAAGCUCCAGACCAUCCUGACUGCUGCCAAGAUCCAGGAAGUUGAGCCCAUCUGGACCACCCUCUUCGCCAAGGCUCUUGAGGGCAAGGACGUCAAGGACCUCCUGACCAACGUUGGCUCCGGUGGUGCCCCCGCCGCUGCCGCCGCUGCCGGUGGUGUCGCCGCUGAGGCCGCCCCCGCCGAGGCUGCUGAGGAGAAGGAAGAAGAGAAGGAGGAGUCCGACGAGGACAUGGGCUUCGGUCUUUUCGACUAA